AUGUCUAUGUUCGGAUUUGGGAAGCCGCAGCCCUCGUCGGCCGAGAAGAUCGCCGCGGCAGAGCAAGAAAUGGACCUCUUCACAGAUAUGUUCAACAAGCUCCAACAAGCAUGCAUGAAGAAAUGCGUACCCAAGGAAUACCGCGAAGGCGAGCUCAACAAAGGCGAAGGUGUGUGCAUCGACCGAUGCUCAUCGAAGUUCUUCGACGUACAAUUGAAGAUAUCAGAAUUAUUGCAGGCAGAAGCGGCGGCGAAAGGGGCUACGGGUGGCGGUUUCGGUAUUGGUGGGAUGUAG